ACUUACGAAGUGACCGUGAGACAGCACGGACGUGUCCACAGAGUUCCGGAUUCAAAUCACAUCGAUACAUUUUGGAGAUGGCGCGAACCUGUCUGUCCGUACUGUUGGUCUUCUGUACAAUCUUCCUACUCGAGGCAUCAUGCCGUCCGUCUAGUAAUAAUGAGUUGACGACCUCAAUAAAUGAAGAUGUCACAGAAACAAAUAAUAGAAGAACGUUCAAUGAUGAUGAAAAACAUACAUUGCCUGAUGACUAUACUAAAGAAAUUUUAGAUAAAAUAAAUAUUGUCAAUGCUGGUUUACAAAAACCAAAGCGAAGACAACAAAUUAAGUAUAAUACUGAAUCGCCAAAUUCCGGAGCACAUGUUCUGAAUAGAGAUAUUUUAGAAAAAUUGCAACAAAUUAUUGCAUCUGGCAAACUUCAGUCGCUAUUGGAAUCAGAAAAUUAUCAAGAGAGUAAUUCUUUAAAUGACUUCCAUACAAAUCCUCAAAGAUAUUCCAGAAACUUACCAUAUACUCCAAACACUAUGAUGGGAAAUCAGAUUAGUGCAUCUAUUGUACCGCUUCCAUACGUAGCAAACAUCCCUGUACUAGUUACGCCGUAUGUUAACACAAUUACUCCUGGAUUAGGAUAUGAUUAUAAUCAGGCUGAUGGAAUAUCUCAAUACCAAACCAGGCAGCGUCCACCACCAUCAUUUACCUUUCAGUUACAAUGGCCAUUAGCACAAUACUUUCCUAUAUUAAUCAAGGAUCCAUUACUUACUGUUUUACAAGGAGGAGGGUGGAAUAAUCUCUUUGAAACUGGGCAAUCCGCUGAUGUAUGUAGCAGAAAACAAAAAUUUACCGUAGAAUCAGAUAAUGAGACAUAUUUAAAAGACUUUGUAAUGGAUAGUAAUACACAAAAUUCUUUGAAAUCAAUUUCAAGGGAGGGAAGAGGCCUCAAAAAAAGGAAUAUAUCAAAAUCGACUGCUAUAGAAGAUAACAUAGCAAACGCAAAAAAGUCUGAAAAGUUUUUUGCAAAACCCACUACACAAAAACCAACGAAGCAGUCAGUUUCUUCUGAACCACCAAAGAAUACAAAACUCAAUAAUGAAGACGAUGAUGCCUUGCGAUUUGGAGCAUUUACAUUUUUCGGGGAUAGGAAGCCCGUAGCUCCGAGUCCAGGUUUCUUUAUCAAUAAACUUAAAGUUCGUAGAGGAGGUGUAGCCAUCGCCGGACCAGGUGGAGUGGCAACUGCUGGAAGAGGUGGGACAGCUAUAGUCGGACCUGGUGGACUUGCUUACACGCAACCUGGAGGACUCGCCGUCGCCGGACCAGCAGCCCGAGUGGUGGCACUAUCGCCGGAAUCUAACCUCUCGUCCAUAAUCUCCCAGCUUCAACAGCUAUCAGCAAAAGAUGGUUCAGUACCACGAGAUUACGAGCAGUACCAAAAUAGAGGAUUUAGUUGGCGAUCAGACAUUUACCAACACAACGCAGGGAGAUUUGUGAAGGAUGAACUUAAACCAAAAAUCUCGAAAUUUUCUAUCUUUGUAAGACCAAGGGCUUUUGCAUUGAGUGGCUCUGGUGGGGUAGCUAUAGCUAAUCCUGUGUCAAAUGUGGUAAUUGCUCAGAAUGAUAUAGGUUCCGUGGUACAUGCGCCUUCAGCCGCGGCUGUGGCUGGCCCUGGUGGCAUUGCUCAUGCUCAAUCAGAUUUAUAUCUUUAUGAGGGUUCAGUACAAUAUUUACCCUUCUAUGGCGGUGGCAAAGGCAUGUACUUAGAAAUAAAGAAAGACACAUCUGGCAGAGUUAUAAGCGAAUUGGUUGUAUCAGAAGACAAAAUAAGCAUGGACAGCGUUAUGAAACAUAAUGACGAGAAUCUUCUUGCAAAGGUUCUAGCCGCUAAUUUGCAAAAUUUGAAAGCACUGUCAAGCAGUGCACUAAAACUUCACAAUUUGGGGAGAAGGACUGGUUCCUUAGAUAACGCUGAUAAAGAAAGAUUUAAGAAUCAAUUGGAGAAACUCGGAGAAACAGCUUCCAAUACUAUCAAACUCAUAGAGGAAGUAACUGAUAACAUCGACGGGCUAUUCAAAAGUAAUCCUAAAUUGAGGCAGUACGAUGGAGACGAGGAAGAUGAGAUUAGUGAUGAAGGCGUUGGUAUAGAAGCUCCUGCUGAUGACGAUCCCAAUCCAGGAGACAUUUUAGGAGGAGCAACCAUCGCUGAAGCCAAGCCCAUUGGUCUAGCCGUCAUCGGGGAGAAUGGUUUAGCGGCCUCGAGACCUAUCGGCACAGCUGUGGCUAUAUCUGGAGUAGCUAUAGCAAGACCUGUAGCCACGGCUAUCGCUGGAGUCAACCCUUCGGCUUUGGGCCUCAAUUUGUCAAUUAACCAUUCGAAAAACUAACGCACAACCACUCAUAAAACUUCAAUGACUACUGUUGAUGUAAAACUUGCUCUAUUGCGGGCAGCACAAGUUCUUAUAUUUUUUAUUUUAAAUGCUGUGAAAAUUUACGAAAUGUGAUAAUAAUGUCCAUAUGAGACUAAAAAUAAUUAUACUAAAUUGUAUAGAAUAAAGGCCAUAUUUAUUUAUUAUAAGUAAAUUAUUUAUAAAUUUA